AGUAAGACCCAUAAAUUCACAAUAAGAGACAGUCUGCGCCAACGGGGACAUAUGGGAUAUUUAUCAUCAUGCUGGAAAUCCAGACUUUGCGCACUAACAGUCACCAAACGCCUUCUGAACCCUCUGCUCGGCUGUGAAACAAACAAAAGAUCAUAUUUUACUAUAAAUGAUGCUGAACGACUCUGCGGAGGAGCAUCUCUGCCUUUGCCUUUGGACAUUUUCAGGUCUGCCGUCAUCUUUCUGUGAGAAAUCUCUCAGAAGUCAGUGCAGCCAAGAGGCUUCAGCAUGAUUUAAGUAAAUAAAGGUAUCGGACGAUAUUUCCAUAUCAUACAACGAUGCUGGAGAGUAAAUAUAAUUUGGUAGACGACUCAGUGGAUCAGAGGAUUCCUGCUGAUAAUGAUGGGCAGGUCCAGCAUGGGCUCACAUUCGAGGUGAAGUUCAUCGGGAGCCUGGAUAUCAUGCAACCCAAAAGCAGGAUUGAAAUAUUGGUCGCUAUGAGACGUAUACGGUAUGAGUUUAAAAGUAAGAACAUCAAGAAGAAGAAAGUCAACCUUAUCGUGUCAGUGGAUGGUGUCAAGGUGGUUUUGCGAAAAAAGAAAAAGAUAUAUGACUAUAGCUGGGAUGAAAGCCAAAUGACCCUGGCCCAGGACCCCAUUUUCAGAAUAUUUUACGUCUCGCAUGACUCACAGAACCUGAAGAUAUUUAGUUACAUAGCUAGAGACAAGAAAAACAAUGUGUUCCACUGCAAUGUCUUCAAAUCAAAGAGGAAGAGCCAAGCCAUGAGGAUAGUGCAGACCGUGGGUCAGGCGUUUGAAGUGUGCCAUAAACAGAGUCUAGACAAUGUUGACGCAUGGCUUGUGAAAGGUGAGGAGGAGAGAAGCAAAGAUGAGACUUCAGUUGCUGGCGGCACCACUGAGAGAUCAGGCAAUGCUGGGCUGAGGAAAGAUGAAAUGGAUAAUGCAGUCCCAACGACAAAGGGUCACGAUCGUGUGUUGGAACCGCAUGUGGUGGUUGAAGAGCCAGUGUUGGUGAUUGAGUCGUCCAGGCUACAGUCUCCUCUCUCCAGUCCUCUAUCUGUGAGCCAUCAGGUGAAGCUCCUGCAGAGGGAGUUACAGCAGCAGGAACAGAGGAGUCAAGCCGCCUCCACACAGGUGGUUCUACUGCAGCAGCAGCUGUCGGUAGAGACCAGCGCCAGGACAGAAGCUCAGGCUAGAGUCCAGCAGCUCCUGCAGCAGAACACUGAACUCCUGCAGCAUCUCUCACUGCUGGUCAAACACGUCCAAGAGCUGGAGCUCCGAACUCAACCACACAAAAACUCCCCUUUGGGAUCUCAAGACAGCCUUCUGGAAAUCGCCCUGCGUGCCAACAUGCCAGCUCUAUCACGUGAGCCCAACUCAAAUUCUGUCUCAAACAGCCUGGUUCGGCUUGAUGGCUUCCGUUUCUUCUCAGAAUCUUCAGAUCAGGAGAAGAAGCCUGAGCGGGACCGUGACUCAGGACAGGGUCAGGAUGAAGAUCAGUCGGGUGGCUGCUCUCCUCCAGGGAACCAGUUUCUUGGUUCACUGGACACCCCUGGAUUCAGAGAGUCUGGUAUUGCAUCUGGAUAUGAGUCCAACACGGAUGAGAGCGAUGACCGGGACAGCUGGGGCCAGUAACUUUGUGCAUCUGAUACCGCUUUUCCACUGGGGCAGAUGCCAGAGCUGGAGCCGAUGCUCAGUCAAGAGUGGCACUCAUUCAGAACCAUCUCGCGUUUUCAUUGGCAAUGAGAAAAUCCUUCCACAUCACCUGGGACCGUAAUCACUUAUCUCUUAUAGGAGAGCAUUGGUCUGUUUUGUCGGCUUCUGCUGAACUAACACAUAUAUUUUUUGUGUUAAAACCAUGAUGACUUUUAAAAAUGGCGCCUUUCAAACUGCGGCCUGUAGUGGAAACUCUGCCUGUGGAAACUCUUGUUUGAGGGUAGCAAGGUUUCAGGCUGGUUCAGAUUGUUUUUGAGCAGAAAAACAAAGCCUGGUUCCCUGUUGGGCUCUGGGUCUGGCACCAGCCCCAUUGGAAAAGCAGUUUGAGUCUCACUUUGAGACUGGUAGCAGCUAAGCACUUUAAAUUGGUGGGGAGAGUUUUAUUUUGCAACUUCAGCUAAAUAUCAGAUUAUUUAAAUAUGUAUUAUAAAAAUAUAUAUAAUACAUUUAUAUAAAACUAAACUAAAAGACGUUACACAUCCAAAUGUGUUAAAUUAUGCAGAUCCCAGCCAGUGGGUGUCCAGUUUGUCCUAAUCAAAAUUCGGACAAUGUGAAAAAGAUGUAGUUCACCGAAAAAUACAAUUUCCACAAUUCCAAGUUUUUUUGUCCAAACAAUGAAAGUCAAUGGAGUGCAAUGAAUGUUGUUUUGGACCCUACUAACUUUUAUUACAUGGACAAAAAAAUAAAUAUUUUUCAUAAUAUAUUGUUCAAAUUUGGGGUCGGGGGUGUGAUUUGUCAAAACAUCCACAGUGAUGGCUGGUCGGUUAACAUGAGUAUCAAAAAGUAUUUGGUUCUCUUUAUUUCUUUGAUUUGAUUUCAAUCUAUUCUUCUGAAGAUGGGCUAUGUGGUUGUCAGCAAUGAAACUAGACUUUCUUUCUCCGUAAAGGGAAGUAUUGACAGACAUAAAUACAUUUAAUGCCAUUAGAAUACGUUUUAUUUCAAUACCUUCUUUUAAUUGUAUACAUUUUUUAAUGUUCAUCAUAAUGCUUUAUGAGUUAGGUUGUUGUGGUCUUUGUGGGCAUUUCACUGUUUUUUGCCAGUAUUUCUAAUGUGUCGGGCUUGAUUAUAAAAUGCUGUGAAAGAAAUGCUAAAGAACAUGUUAUGAUGUGAAUGUGAACUCCAUGAAGUGAUGUGAAGCAUAUUUGGCCUUCACUGUCAAUUUUGCAGCCGAGCAGCUUGAACUGUUACACAGAGAUACCAAUGUCAGUAUAAACACAAGUGAAAGCAUUUGUGCAAUAAUGUCAUAUGGUAAUGUAUUUUUAGCAUACUUAAAAUGUAUUUAUUUAUUUAUAAUUAUUUUGGGGAAGAGUGUAGCAGUUAAUACUAACACUGUAUAUUUUGUUCUCAAGUCUUUUCUAAAGUCUGCUGUGUUGUAACGUUCAUUUGCUUUUAAAGUUGGUGCUGGUGGAUCUUAGUGUACCCUUUGGAAUGAAUUAAACGGAAUAUAUGAAAA